ACAAGCCAAUAGUUAGCCCACGGCAACAACCCUUCUUCUCCACGUACAACGCUACUAUACCUUCCUUCCUUCGUUCCCUCCCUCGAUCGAUUCGUAGUCACAGCCUCACAGGGUUACCGGAUGGGCGCCGGCGUUGGCGGCGGCGGCGGCGGCGGCGGCGCUGACGCCGACGCUGACCUGUACGCCGUCCUCGGCCUCAGCAGGGAGUGCACCGACGCCGAGCUCAGGGUCGCCUACCGCAAGCUCGCCAUGAUAUGGCAUCCGGACAGGUGCUCGGCGGCCGGCGGCAGCUCCACGGGCAUCGACCAGGCCAAGGAGCGCUUCCAGGAGAUCCAGGGCGCCUACUCCGUGCUCUCCGACUCCAACAAGCGGUUCCUCUACGACGUCGGCGUCUACGACGGCGGCGACGGCGGCGACGACGAUGACUCCGAUCUGUCGGGGAUGGGCGACUUCCUCGGCGAGAUGGCGCAGAUGAUGAGCCAGGCUACGCCAACCGAGAGCUUCGAGGAGUUGCAGCAGCUGUUCGUGGACAUGUUCCAGGACGACAUCGACGCCGGCAUCUGCGGAAUCCCAGCAGCCACCUGCACCUUCCAGACGCCGGCGGCGGCGGCGGCAGCGUGGUCAUUCCCUUCUUCUCCGCCGCCGGCGUCACGCAAAGGCGCGACGAACAAGCGGUGCUCGCCGUCGCCGGCGAUGGACUCCAGUUUCGGACUGGGCAUCUCGGGCUUCUGCUUCAAGGCGCCAUGGACGUCGCAGGACGCGAGCACCGGCGGCGGCGGCGGCGGCGGCAAGAGGAGGAAGCAGAGGCCACCGGCGGCGAGCCGCAACGUGUAGAUGAAUGCUCAAUUACUUCAUCAGAAGAUUUUGAUCGGCACUGGUCGCCGCGAAGACUAGAUUUUUUUUUGCUUCAUUUGUUCUUGUUUGUACUGAAAAAGCGAGAACACACUCCAGAAUCUGUUCAAACACGCACGGUGUAUAAUUAAUUUUAGGAGUAAAGCGACGUGUUUUUGGUUUGAUUAGUGGCCGUGAUGUGCCGAACUGUCGAGCUAGAGAACUCUUCUGAACCAGAAGGGCAGUGAGCUUCUACAGUGUUCUCUCUCUGAGAAUUCUGAGAUCCUAGAAAGUGGCCUCUUUUUAGGUGCUGUAACCAUGCAAAUCAAAAGGCGCAGAGUUUUCCAAACUUCUGCGGAUCGAGUAGCUGUCCAUCAAUCAUCAAAUCGUCGUGAAAUCGCAGCAUUUGUGGCCGUUCUUUCUGUGAAAACGCCAUGGAGGAAUGACAGCAACGUUGAUGCUCGUUGGUACUGCUUGUUGGUUUCAGGUACUCCGGCAUAAACUGUACUCCAGAGCUUGA